AUGCACUUCUUGCAAACUAGUUCUACGUGUUUUAAAUGCACUGAUUUAAUUUCUCAAGCUGGAAACUCCUGCAGAGUUGAAUCAAUUGGGUACAAGUUUAGCUUUGUCUCUCCCAACAUUAUUGUUGACUUCGCCUAUCCCUUGGCAAAGACUCUAAAAAUCAGCAACUUAAAAGCAACAACUACGGAUAAUCAGGCUAUCGCGACCACUACUUGGCAAAUCCACUCGCAAACGGCAAGCCAGCUACAGAUUAGAACUGAUCUAAUUCUAAGCCAGCUCCCAAUCAAACUUAACUUCAACUUUGAGCAAGACCUUUAG